UUAGACUUGAAACCAGUAAAUCCUUGAUGAAAAUUAAAUAAAACUAUUUGGAAACUAUUUAAUAAAUUUUAAUUAACAAAAAAGUAAUUAAUGUGUAAAACAAGUGUAACUAUUACUUGAAAAGAAAACUAUUAUGAUUUAUUUAUUUCAAAUACUUAAAAAUAAAAUUUUAUUGCAUAUAAUUGAGUUCGGCUGAAAAUUUUUCAAUUUUUAGUAUGUACAUGUACGUGAGCACCUUCAUGGGUACUUUGGCAUUGAAGUGGAAGGGGAGUCAUAGAGCUUUCGUGCAAGCUCCCUCCACUAAGUUUCGUGCUGCAUGCAAAUAGAAUAAACUAAGCAAAAGUGACAUGUUACUGACGUUAAAAAAUACUUAGCCUCGAGAUAAACAAAAAAAAAACAAAAUUCUAACAAAAUUUAUAAACUUUUGUUGAAAAAUUAAAUAAUUUAAAAACUGAAUUUAAUUGUGAAAAAUUAUCGUUACUGCUUUUUGACCGUCCGUUAGCAUACCAAUGCACACACACACACACAAACACUCUCACAGAACACCUUAGCAAUUUCUAACAUCGCAACCAACUUCAUUCCUUUAGACUUUUUGGUAAAGUUAAAAGCUCUUACAUUUACAAAGGAAAGUUCAAUGAAAGUUACACGCGCGGAUAAAUCCGUAAAUAUUUCAUAGUAGUUGGAUGUAGUAUCCGGAUAAGCAGCAUAUCUAUACUGUAAAAAAAAUAAAUAAAAAAGAAAAUAAAUAAUAAAAUCAAAAGCUCCAUCACUGGAAAGAGCACGUAAACUAACAAAAAUUGAAAGAAACAAAAAAAAAGAAAACACAUAAAAACAAAACAUAAAAAUAAUGACGAUGUGAAUAUUGAGCACAUGUUUCAGUAAAUACAAAAACAAAACAGUUCGCUUGCAUAUGUGCGCUUUAUAUUCAAAAAAAAAAAAUCAAACAAAAAAGAAAAUUCUGAACAAAAUAAGAAAUCGAAAAUCGUACGAGCACGAGAAAAAGGUGCACAUAAAUAUUUAAUCAUAUGCAUACUAUGCACAUCCGGUAAAAUAAAAAAUGGCAACCCGGUCACAUAAAUUACACGGUAACACGCGUGCAAUAAAUCUUACGAACGCUAUGCAACAACAAAUGCAAAUGCACAAGAACAACAAUGGCAACAACAACAACAAUGAUAAGAAUAAUUACAAAAAAUCAAAGAUAAAGCAUUCAAGUUCACGCGCGACCACAGCAACAGCAACAACAACAACAACAACAACACGACAAAAAUGUUUUGAGUCUUUAAGUUCAUAUCAUGUGCAUGCAGUUGCCUUGAUAUUAGCGCUGACCUUAGCUUUAGCGCCCUCGUGUUGUGAUGCCUUUCAGCUGGAUGGUUCACAAAACUCUUUUGCCCAGUUCCGAAAGUGGUAUACGGGUCUCAAUGGUUCUUUGGAGCUUGAAUUUAAGACUGAACAGCCAAAUGGCUUGGUGCUGUACACAGACGAUGGUGGCACUUAUGACUUCUUCGAGCUGAAAUUGGUAGAAGGAGCCCUACGCUUGCGAUAUAAUCUUGGUGGUGGUGCUCAAAUUAUCACGGUUGGCAGAGAACUACACGAUGGACAUUGGCAUAAAGUGCAGGUGCUUCGUAAUGAUGAACAAACCUCCUUAGCCGUAGAUGGUGUCACACAAAGUCGAAGUACGAAGGGCAAAGAAUUUCAAUUUGGCAAAUUUGCUACCAACUCAGAUAUUUACGUUGGCGGUAUGCCAAACUGGUACAGCACAAAGUUGGCACUCUUGGCACUGCCGAGUGUCAUAUUUGAGCCAAGAUUUCGUGGCGCUAUAAGAAAUUUGGUCUACGCAGAUCAGCCAGGCGGUUUGAAUCGCAGGCAAGAAAUGAAACAACCACGAGAUAUAAAGUGUGGCGAUGGACCAUGCGACCAUGGGGAAAACAAACUGAAUGAAAAAGUGUCGAGAGGUCCCAGAGGUAGUAAUACCACAGAUGCUUGUGAACGUCAUGAUCCUUGUCAACAUGGUGGCAUAUGCAUAUCAACCGAUUCCGGCCCUAUAUGUGAAUGUAGAAAUUUGGAGUAUGAUGGUCAAUAUUGUGAAAAAGAAAAGGCACCAUCUGAAGCUACAUUUCGCGGUACACAGUUCCUUUCAUAUGAUCUUGGUCAAACUGGCGCUGAACCCAUUGUUAGUGCACAAGAUGCUAUAACGCUAUACUUUAGGACUAGACAACCAAAUGGUCUAUUAUUUUAUACAGGUCAUGGUACAGACUAUCUAAAUUUGGCACUACGGGAUGGUGGAGUAUCGCUUACAAUGGGCUUAGCCAAUGGCAAACAAGAAAUGCAUAUAAAACCAUCAAAAGUACGCUUUGAUGAUCAUCAGUGGCAUAAAGUAACGGUACAUCGUAGAAUACAGGAGAUAUCAUCCAUAACUAGUUUUUGUCGUUUGGUAACCGUAGUAGAUGACGUUUAUACAGAUCAUUCUCAUAUAGCCGGCAAAUUUACAAUGCUCUCAUCUUCAAGAGUUUAUGUGGGCGGUGCGGUCAAUCCGAGAGCAUUACUGGGAGCACGAGUCCAUAAUAACUUUGUGGGUUGUUUACGUAAAGUUGAAUUCUCUGCGGAUACGCUGUUACUUAAUCUAAUCGAUUUAGCUAAAAGUGGUUCGAAAUUAAUACAAGUGGCUGGUAAUGUCGAAUAUCAAUGUCCAAUCGGUGAUCCACAAGAUCCAGUCACAUUCACAACCAGGGAAUCUCAUUUAGUUCUACCACCUUGGGAAACUGGAAAGCAGAGUUCUAUAUCCUUUAAAUUCCGAACAAAAGAACCAAAUGGUUUGAUAAUCAUGGCCACUGGCUCGAAACAACCCAGAGCUAAAAACGCUGUACUUUUUGCUAUUGAAUUGUUAAAUGGACACAUAUAUAUACAUCUGGACUUGGGUUCUGGUGCAGCUAAAGUACGCGCUUCACGUCGACGUGUAGAUGAUGGCGAUUGGCAUGAUUUAAUACUCAGACGCAAUGGUCGCGAUGCCAAAGUUAGUGUGGAUGGUGUGUGGAAUGAUUUCCGUACACCAGGUGAUGGCACUAUACUCGAAUUGGAUGGCCAUAUGUAUGUAGGUGGUACAGGUCCAGCUUAUAACAGUGUAGCUUGGCCAUCAGCAAUUUGGACUGCAACAUUAAGACAAGGAUUUGUUGGUUGUUUAAGAGAUUUAGUGCUAAGUGGUAAAGCUAUUGAUAUUGCAGCUUUCGCACGUUUACAGGAUUCUGCUUCCGUUAAACCAUCGUGUCAUGUUCAAGCAAAUGUUUGCACCGGAAAUCCAUGUCUAAACGGUGGUACCUGCAUUGAAGGUUGGAAUCGACCAAUAUGCGAUUGCUCAGCCACACUUUAUGGUGGCCCAACGUGUGGACGUGAAUCAGCGACUUUGGCUUUCAAUGGUAGUCAGCAUAUGACAGCUUGGCUAGGCAACGGACAGGGCACCAAGACCCAGACAGAGGAAUUAAUUUUACGAUUCAAGACAUCGCGUCCAUCAGGUUUACUUUUAUUAACAAGCGCUGAAUCAAAUUCACCAGAUCGUCUAGAGAUUGCACUAGUUGCUGGACGUAUACGUGCCAGUGUACGGCUAAGUGAUCGAGAAAAGAACCUUCUCGCUGGCCAAUCAGUAUUGAAUGAUAAUAACUGGCACACAAUACGCUUCUCGCGUAGGGCAUCAAAUCUACGGCUACAAGUUGACGGGGCUCCCCCUGUCAGGGGUAUGUUAUCUGAGACAAUACUGGGUCGACAUAGUACCAUGGAUAUACGUUCAAUACAUUUGGGUGGUCUAUUUCAUGCUGAAGAAGAAAUUCAAAUGACCUCUACAAUGCCCAAUUUCGUUGGUCAAAUGCAAGGUUUCACUUUCAAUGGAGAAAGAUAUAUAGACAUUGUGAAGAACCUUGGUCCAGAAUUAUCAGCAUUGCCAAGCGCUACAUUUAAAUUGACCGCACGUUUUGUAAACUCACCACCGGGAAAUCCUUACCAUGCAGCAACAUUUAGGUCCAAGCAUUCGUACGUUGGUCUACCAAUGCUAAAAGCAUAUUCAAGCAUAUCGGUAGACUUUCGUUUUAAAACUGUUGAACCCAAUGGUUUGUUGCUAUUUAACGGUGGACGACGUAAUGACUUUGUCUCAAUUGAACUCGUAAAUGGUCACAUACAUUACACGUUCGAUUUGGGCGAUGGGCCAAUCACAAUGCGUGAUAAGUCCCGUAUACAUAUGAACGACAAUCGUUGGCAUCAAGUAAGCAUAAGCAGACCAGGUCCUAAAACCCAUACGCUCACUGUAGAUGAUUCGUUUGAAAUCGUAACAUUAACUGGCAAUAGCAUGCAUUUGGAACUUGCCGGCAUACUUUAUAUAGGUGGUGUUUUUAAGGAUAUGUAUGCAAAACUACCGGCUUCGAUAUCCUCACGUUCCGGUUUUGAGGGUUGUUUAGCUUCUCUCGAUUUAGGCGAUACCUCACCAUCGCUGACUAGUGAUGCCGUAGUACCAAGUUCAUUGGUGGUGACUGGUUGUGAAGGGCCUACAAAGUGUAGUCAGAAUGCUUGCGCAAAUAGGGGUGUCUGUGUACAACAGUGGAAUGCUUAUGCGUGCGAAUGUGAUAUGACUUCCUACACUGGUCCUACUUGUUAUGAUGAAUCCAUUGCUUAUGAGUUUGGCAACAAUAAAGGCAUCAUACAGUACACAUUCCCUGAAAAUACGCAAGCUGAUACAGAAGAGGAUAACCUAGCCUUGGGUUUUAUCACCACAAAAUCUGAUGCUGUAUUGUUACGCAUCGAAAGCGCCACAACUCAAGACUAUAUGGAAUUGGAAAUAGUUGAAGGCAAUAUAUUUAUGGUUUAUAAUAUAGGUACUCGGGACUUACCGCUGGGUGAAAUUGGUACGAAAGUAAAUGACAACACAUAUCAUGUGGUACGCUUUACAAGAGUGGGUGGUAAUGGCACAUUACAAUUAGAUGAUUAUAAUGUGCAAACAUUAAGUCCACAGGGUCAUCAAUCAACUGUAUUUAAUACAAUGGCAAAUAUACAAGUCGGUGGAAAGUUUAGUCGAACUGGUCGUAAUCGUAUUGAUCGUCCUUUUGCUGGUGUUAUAGCCGGUUUAUCGGUGAACAAGUUACGCAUAUUGGACCUGGCUGUGGAGAGAGAUCCACAUAUAACUAUACGAGGAGAUGUUCAAUUGGUAACUGGAGUAUUAGAUAGAAAUGAUCUGCAAAGAAUGCAGCAGACACCUGCCAGUGGUUAUCCGGGUGCCAUAGAUGAUCUUAUAUUCUCUGGAGCCGGUUCUGGUUGUCGUGGCGAUGAUGAAGAUGAAUGUACACCACCAUUUGAAUCGGGCAGUGGUGAUGAUCUGAUAACUCCAGUUUAUGUGCCACCUACCAAACAGACUACAACCUCACAAAAUGUCAGUACUGAUAAGAAUAAUAAUGGCACCGAGCGGGCUUGUGAUGACGAGGAUUGUGUACAUGGAUCUGGAGACUACGGUGAGACAACUGAACAAUUUACAUCCACCAGUACAGCGAAGAUAAUAGAAACCAAUAAUGAAAUUAUAUCAACUACUGAUGGUUCAUCAAGACGUACUGAAGUUGCUGUUACUACAGAGCAACAACACACCACUAGCACUGCUGUUGCCAAAACAGAGUUGCAAACAAACACACCACGAGAGAUAGCUACCACAACUAGCGGCACCAUAUAUUCGCCACGUCAAACAACAACACAAUUUUCCCCACCCACAACAACCACUCAACGUAUAACAACAACCACAACUACAACAACUACAACCACACAAGCAACACCACCACCAGAAAUACGUUCUACUGUCACAGAGCAUGAUACGACCACUUACGAUAUAGUACAUGUUUUCAGUGGUGGAAACGGUGACAAGCAUGGUGAAGAUGAAAAUUUAAAUAUUUAUAAUGGUGAACACACUUUGACACCGGAUGAACGCCCACUACCGCCAGCUAUACCACCAUAUGAACCAGAAUCUGGUGUGCCACCGUAUUAUCCAGCCAUACCGCCACCUCAACCACCAUAUGGCAAUAAUAAUUAUCGGCCAAAGGGUAAAGGUGGUCGCAUUAACUCGAUUGAAGAAGAACGUACUGCCAUGAUUAUUGGAAUUGUAGCUGGUAUUUUAAUAGCAGUCGUAUUAGUUUUCAUACUGGUGUUCUGGUUGAAAUCUUAUGGUGAUCGUGGUUACAAACCAGAGAGUGAAAAAGCUACUGCAUACGGUUCACACAAUCCAAAUGCAGCAUUGCUGGGUUCUACUGGUUCAAAAGGUUCCUAUCCACGUCAGAGUCAUCAUCAGCAGUCAUCUCAACAAUCACUGACCAAUGGGCAUAAUAUGGGUAGUAGUGGUGGUAACGGUAGCAUGAUGGGUAACAUGGGCUAUGGUGGUAUGGGUACUAGUAUGGCUGUUGGGAACGUAGAUGGUCGACCACAAAUGGCUGGUUUAGUGCAACCAAAGCCAAAGAAACGAGAUUCAAAAGAUGUCAAGGAGUGGUAUGUGUAA